AUGGCGUCCGUCGCCGCGUGGCUGCCGUUCGCUCGCGCGGCCGCCAUCGGAUGGGUGCCUAUCGCGCGGCAGCCAAUGCCGAAAGCACCGGUCGCAUUACAGGUACGGUUUUUUCUCAUUUUAAACUCGCUUCUUACAUGUGUUUUAUUUUUAUUUCGUUUUUCUAUGUGUUGUGAUGAGAUUGAAUAA